AUGGCUGCAUAUAAAAAAUAUUCCUUAGUUUUCCUUACCUUAGUCCUGGCUAGACAUCCUACUCACGAGGAAGCAGAGGAAAACAUGUCCCAGUUCAUGAGUGUCCUUCGGCAGGAGCAAUUUGUUGCGGGCUCACCUCGAUUUAACGAUGUUCUGGGCAACGCCAGGGCCAUUGUCGAGUAUCAGGACAAAGGAUUCAUUGGAAUCCGGAGCAUUUUCCAGUGGAUGACCAGCCCGAAUCCUCGCAACGAUGGCGUCGACAACUUUAUGCAGUUCUAUACUGACGAAUCAAGUGGCUAUAUAGGCAUUCAAAACUACGACAAGAGCUCCAAGUUUACGAUUCUGUUUUCCGUUUGGGAUGCACUCGAUGCAUUUCCGGGUGAUGAUUUCGCGUGCGAAACUUUCGGCGGAGAGGGCGUCGGCUACAAGUGCUCCAACAGCACGUUCCCGCUGAUCAGCAAUGCCAUAUACUUCCUCGAUGUGCAGAUCGAGGGCUCUAUCUUCAAGGGCUAUAUCUCGGAUCCACAGGAGAAUCUCGACAGUGUGACCAGCAACCAGGUGACCCGUCACUUGAUAGGCGAAAUCAUCACUCCGCACGAAAAGCUAAAUAACCUCAUACCCUUCGGAUACUACAACGAGAACUAUCGCGAUAAGGACACCUGCAGCGAAGCCUUUGAACUGGUCACUGUCCAUCAAUACACGAAGUAUGCCCAUGCCAACACAAAGUUCUCCGAGGCCUAUCUCUACAACACUGAGUGUAAGGUGGAGAAUAUUUUGGUGGCUCUAACGGCGGACAAGAAGAGCACCAUCUACUUCACCAGACCCACGGUUUUGGGUCUUUAUAAUUGA